AUGGCUUAUGGUCCACUCGGAUCUCCGCAUGGUCAUCAGAAACAGCCUUCACCCGGGUUAGGCCAGCCUCACUAUCAGAGCUGUGGACAGUAUCAGUUAAAUGGUAGACUAGAAGGCUCCCACCAGCCCCCUGGAGUAGGUCCUCCCAACAUGCCUAUGAGUGCAGGGCAGUACUGGAACAACAGCUCGCAGCAUCUUAACUUUAGCUCCCAUAACCUUUACGGGGCAUACCAGAGUCAGACCCAUCACCAGCAGCAGUCUGCACAGAGCUCCUCUUCCUCACAGCUUCACACUCAGCGCCGCCCACUCCACCCCCAGCAGCAGCACUACGGCCUCAUGCCCAAUGGGAUGCCUUACUACCAGCACCCACCGUCCCAGCACCCGCUACCCCAACCCCAGCCACCCCAGCUCCAAAACCAGGCUCAGAUUCUACCCCCUGUCGGACAGAGUUAUACUCCCCCUCGUGGCAGCUCUUUACCUGUGUCUUCACCGUCUGUGAGGUCACCAUCAUCCACUAAAGACAGUGUUUCACCUCAGAGGCCCAGCAGAGACAGAAGUCCUGACACAAACAAAGUGGGACCAUCCACUCUUAUACAAGUGCACACAGAUGGUGACAAAAUCUUCAGUGACACAGAAAAGCCAAGUCAGAAGAAUAAAGAGGACCAACCUAAAGAAGCUUCACAUACAGAAGAUUAUAUUGUGAACUCUGAAAUGCCCCCAACGCGAUCUUCUGAUAAUCCCUCCCCAAAGAAGGAGCCAGCAACUAAAGUACCACCACCAGAGACCAGCUUUUCCCCUGUGGUUGCUUUUUCCUCUCUCCAACCCCCCCUCUCCCCAAAACCCUCUGUUCAGUCUUCAGUAGAAUCAACUUCCAAACAAACAGCUCCAUCACAAAUGUCUCCUUCUCCAACCGAUGCCCUUACACAUUCCUCCACUCCUUUUAGCUCUGUUCUCGGUGGCAGAAUUGAAACAAUUGAUGAAGCACCAACAACUAUGUCCUUAGAUUCUUCCAACACUGUCACUGGAUCAUCUCCAGGUAGAUCAUUUUUUUCCCCAGUGUUACAACAAGCUCAAGGUACCUCUGGUUCGCAGGUGUCCAAUCCAGCUAGCUCCUCUUCUUUAGGUGUAACAUCCUUGUCAACUCUUCCAACAAACCCACAAGGUUCUACAGUUCCUCAGAAGACUGCAUGCUUCCCAGAUUCCAUAGACGGUAUGCAUGAGAAAUUCCCAUCUCAGACUUCUGCUGAUUCAUCUAUCUCUGUUAUUUCACGCGUAGAAGGACCCUCUACAUUAGCACAAGCCAAGGGAACAUCUCUGCAGUAUGACGUAGCAAACGCACCUCCACAUCCACCCCCCAGUUUAGUUAGUGCUAUGCCAGUGUCUCCAACUGAAACACAUAGAAUUUCUUCAGCAGGAAAUGAUAGCUCUACAGCCCGACCUCUGUCCGCCCUACCUCGUUUAACCACUCAAGCCUCCAGGACUGCAACAGUGUCCGCUCCAGUUGACUCUGUGUCUGUACCUCACACGAAGGGUACCACAUCUGGACUGAUUCAAAGUUUCGAGUCUCACAAUGCAACUCCGACCCAAUUUCACCACCAUGAAGACAGGCUAGAGCUGGUAACUUCAGAUGGCUUGCAUGAUAGAAACAUCUCACACUUAGAUGCAACUGCACAAAGAAUAACAUAUAAUUUCAAAACUUCUGAGAAACCUGAUCUUCCAGUACAGCAUUUGCCGCCGAUUAUCUCUCCUGUUCACAAACCCCACGACGGGCAAACCUCAAUUGACCACAUGCAAAGAGCUUUUGGGUCCGAACGCUCCGCAGUUAUUCAAGGUCGACUUCCUCAUAGCUCAAGGAUUUCAUAUAUGUCCAAUGAAGGUUCAUAUUUAGACAGCUCAUACUUAGAAGACACAAAGAACACCUCCCUUCUUGACACCUCCGAUGACCUGUCUUCUGCUUAUAACACAAGAGACAAUAGCUUCUCAGCCAAUGAAACAAGGGAUCAUACUUUUGUCUCCACUGCAGGGGAGACCUCUCAGAGUUUCCUUGGAGCAGAGUCCUCUUUAAACAGUACCUCACAAAUGGAAGAGCCCUCUAUUGGGUCGACUGAUGUGUCCAUGUCACACUCGUAUAUGUCAUCGCAGUCAGGUCAUCAAGGUUACGUAGACCAGUGGAAUCUUGAUGGACAUGAUACUCCAGACUCCUGUGGGCGCUCCCGCAUCAAGCCCUUUGGGAUCAUGACACCGCCUAGUUUCAGGAUGAGAGAUGGGUUCAUGGCUUUCAGUACCCCAGCAGAUGGCCCUGCCCACAACCUAAUGCACGGUCAGAUGAAAAGCCCAGGGAAACCACGGAAACCUCGCACCCCAAAAGGUAUGUCUACACAAACUCCAGAUUCACAAAUUCCAGAGCAGGCACAGCGUAAGCCUAGUCGAACACCCAAAACAAAAACAAGUGAUGAAAGUGAAAACCAGCAGGACGGUGCCAAGCCGAAGAUUUCCAGAAAGAGGAAAAAGAAAGAAACAGCCGAAGAUGAAUCUGGGGCUCCUUCUGUGUUGAGCUUGGAGGAGCUAGAUUCAAUCUCUGCCACUAUCGACGCGGUCCUGGCCAAUGUCGCCAGCCUUUGCACUGAUGUUGAUAAACCCAAGAAAAAAAGACGCAAGAAACAACAGCUACAAGAGGGUGGUGUUGCAGAGGAGGGGGCUAAACCAGGGGCUGAAACCACAGCUGAAAUUGGCGAGGACCAUGAAGAUGAUGGCUCUACUGCAGGAGACUCGAGUAAGCGUAGGGUUGCAUCAGAGGAACAGGUUCAAUUUCCUCUUCAACAUGGUUGGCGGCGAGAGAUUAGAGUUAGGAAAGUAGACAAUCGUCUGCGGGGUGAAACUUGGUAUUACACGCCAUGUGGGAGGAGGAUGAAGCAAUUCCCUGAGAUAAUCAAGUAUUUGAAGAAACACCAGGACAGCGUGGUGAGCAGAGAGCAUUUCAGCUUUAGUCCUCGUAUGCCAGUGGGAGACUUCUAUGAGGAGAGAGAAACUCCUGAAGGUGUGAAGUGGGAGCUCUUGGCUAAUGAGGAAGUGCCCUCUACCAUCAUGGCUAUCACUGGUCGCCGUGGUCGCCCUCCAAACCCUGAUAAAGAAAAACGCAAAUCCACCGAUGGGCCACCCCGUCGCCCUGGGAGACCUCCUAAACCCAAGAUGAUCGACUUUCUCAGCAAAGCUGACGCCAAACUACUCACACAACUUGAGGCCAAGGAUACUCUAACUGAUGAGGAUAAGAAAACAAUUGCCAAAAUCAAAAAGAAGAUGAAAAGAAAGGCCAGAAUGAAGAGAAAGCAGGAUGCCAAGGUCAAAAAAAUGAAAGAAGAAAAGAAGAAAGCAAAGCUUGAACAAGAGGCCUCAGGCGCUGAAGGGAAGCCUGUGGCUACAGACCAAAGCUUGAGUGGGUCUGCAGAGCCAAAGAAGCGUGGUCGUAGGAGGUCUGUGAAGGUUGAGCCUCCUGUAGCUCAGCUGACGGAUGAGGAGAGGAUUGCGCAGGGCAAAAGGGUGCUGGGGGCGCGCAGCAAAGCCAAGGCCUUGGCCAAAGCCCAGGCAGAAGCAGAGGCAGCCGCUCAGGCUGCUCAGGCCGCUAAGAGGGCAGCAGAAAGGAGAGCUCUUGCCCAAAAACGCUUAGAAGAGCGCAGAAGGCAGCAGAUGAUCGCAGAAGAGCUGAAGAAACCAGCAGAGGACAUGUGUCUUAUUGACCACAAGCCUUUGCCAGAGUUGUCCCGCAUUCCUGGUAUGGUUCUCUCGGGCUCUUCUUUUGCUCACUGUCUGUCUGCAGUGGAGUUUCUUCAUGCCUAUGGAAAACUGUUAGGUCUGAACAUUCCUAAGGAUGUGCCCAGCCUGGCCACGCUGCAGGAGGGUCUGCUGGGGUUAGGAGACAGUCAGGGAGAGCUCCAGGACCUUUUGAUCAAACUUUUAGAGGUGGGACUCCAGGACCCGGGUCUGCCUUCCCAUUAUCAGUCUGUUAAGAUUCUUGGAGACAAGUUGGUGGAUGUGGAGUUGACCCGCAGCACAGUGUCUGAAGUGCUGCGUAUCUUUAUAGAAGCUCACGGAUAUGACCCAGAAGUGUGCGACACUUUAAGGACCAAAACAUUUCAAGCUCUGCCUCCGGACACUAAGGCUUCUAUCUUGGGCUUUGUGGUGGAUGCCCUGAAUGGCAGCAACAUUGUCAUUAAUGAUAUUGACAAUACAUUAGAGAAUAUGUCCAACUACCGAAAGAACAAAUGGAUAAUAGAGGGGAAAAUACGCAGACUGAAGGUGGAGCUAGCGCGGCGCACAGGUCGCUCUGAGGAGGAGCUGUGUUAUGAGGACAGAAGGCGCAGUGCUCGAGUGGCAGAAGAAGAGACCUCCUGUUUAGAGCAGACUGGGAGGGGCCGUCGCAAAAGGCACAAGGAAGAGCCCAAAUUUAGUGAUGGUGAAAGUCCCACCAAUGCCAGCAUUCCAGAGCUGGAAAGACAAAUUGAUAAACUCACUAAGCGUCAAGUGUUUUUCCGUAAAAAGCUGCUGCAGUCGUCUCAGUCCAUGAGAGCCAUUCUUCUGGGCCAGGACCGCUACAGGCGCAGAUACAUUGCUCUGCCCAACCUCGGCAUGGUUCUAGUGGAAGGCCCAGAAGAGAUCUUAUCUUCAGAUGAAGUGCUUGUAGCUGAGGUUCCUGUGACCUUCCUCAAAAAGGAGCCCAAAAAAGAGUUAAAAACCGAAGAGACCGCAGUGCCUACUACUCCCCCCUCUGUGUCCUUUCCGUCCCAGGCGGCAAAGGCACUGUCCCCAGGCGAGGACCCCCUACCUGGGACUGCGUCUCUCAUGAGCCAGCCUCGAGGCCGCGGGCGCCCCAGAAAGAUCAAGCCUGAGGUGGAGCUGCACCUGCGAACAGCCAAGAGCCGACGACGACGACGCAGCAGCGCUCGCUCAGGGGCAGAGGAGGGGCCAGGGUCCCCUCACAGUGACCUCACUCAGGCUGCCCUGAGGCUCAGCCAGCCCCACGAUGCUCUGUCCAAUGGCACCACAGCAGAGUCUGAGGAGAGUGUGAAAGAGAUGGCCGAGAAGCAGGGCCAGUGGUUUAACCUGCUGCCCAAAGAGCCCUGUGAUGACAAGUCUCCGAGUGACACCGAUGGACCCGCCUCACCUCAGUCUCCCCCAAAACUCUCCCCACAAGUCCCCCAGAAUGACCUGUCGUCUUCAUCACCGCCUCCUGCCCCGUCUGAUCUACAGAGUGAUUCUCCACCUCUGCCGGAUCCUGAGUCAUGUCCUCCAUUGGAAUUGGGUCCAACUGAACCAAAGGCAGUGGCUCCAGCAUCUGUCCCUCCCUCCUCUCCUCUUACCCCAGCCCCUAGCCCUCACCCUGCCCCUGUCUCCACUGCAGCUGAAGCAGAGCCAGAGCAAGCCUCAGACUGUCCUCCUGUCCUGGAGAGCUGCCCACCGGCUCCCCCCGGCCCAAAGCCCAGCCCCCACACACCCGGCCGACCAGGGCGCAGGCGACGCAGGGGCAGUCGAGGCAGCAGCCCAGCCCGAAGAGGAGCCAGAGGAGCAGCUGCGCGCCGCAGAGGACGCCCCCCCACAGCCAUGUUCCAGGAGCUCGAACAACAGUACUUUACUCAGAUGGUGGUCAGGCCUAUCCCUAUAUCGAUGGUGCGUGGUUGGUGGUGGAUAAAAACCUCAGAGGAGUUGUACAGCACCUUACAGGCCCUGCACCCGCGUGGUGUCAGAGAGAGGGUGCUACACAAGCACCUCGCCAAGCACAUGGAGAGCCUAUCCGAAAUGUGCACCAGACCCAUCAGUGAUCCACUGUUUGAUAUGAAGGUGGAACAGAAGGACAACCUGUUGGAGGCAUUGCAGCAGCCCUGGCAAGUGCAGGAGAGGGCCAUGGAGUCGGACCUGAAUGCCCUCAAGUGGGUGGAGGAGCUGGAGCAACGCGUAUUCACAGCUGAUCUGCACCUCCGGGCACCACCACAGAGUGCUUUGAAUGACACUGACACUAGCGCAGACACACCAGUACCAGAGUUUCAGCCGUACACAGUUCCAGAGCCAGACUCGACUCGGGAUGACCUGCAGUAUUAUGAGCAUGAUGCUGAACCGAAGGAUGACUGGACAAUCCGCACAAAGAAGGAGUGGUCUGGACUGCCCCGGAUCCCCACACACCCUUUGGACCUUGCUGUGCUGCGACUCACCAACCUUGAACGCAACAUUGAGCGCCGCUACCUCAAAGAACCGCUGUGGAAUCCAUCUGAAGUGAUCCGCCUCGCGCCUCUCACCCCCACCCCCGGAGAGGAGCAGCCCAUGGACGUUUUCAGUUUGGAGAAUGAGAUCACCUCUCGGUUACGUACUUGGCGUCAGGCUCUGGACAGGUGUCGCAGCGCUCCUCAGGUCUGCCUCUGUCUGCUUCAGCUGGAGAAGGCCAUUGCUUGGGAAAGAUCAGUCACUAAAGUGAAUUGCCAAGUUUGUCGUAAAGGAGACAAUGACGACUGCCUUUUGUUGUGUGAUGGUUGUGACCGUGGCUGCCACAUGUACUGUCUGCGACCCAAAAUGACCCAAGUACCAGAGGGCGACUGGUUCUGUCCUACCUGCGUAGCUAAGAAUGUAGAGUGUGAACCCAACAGCCGCUCAUGCAAAAAGCGCACACGUGUGAAGAAGAGGAGAUAUGAAGAUGACAGUUCAGAGGAUGAAGCAACAACGCGACGGAGUGUUGGCAUGGCAACGCGACACAAGGAACCAGCUCCAAACCAGACCUCGCCACGUCCCUCCGCAGAUACAGGGUCUGCUAAGCGCAGACGUAUGGUGACCCGCAACCAGCCCGACCUCACAUUCUGCGAGAUCAUCCUGAUGGAGAUGGAGGCUCACGCAGAUGCCUGGCCCUUUCUGGAGCCUGUGAACCCACGGCUGGUGCCUGGAUACCGCCGCAUCAUCAAAAACCCCAUGGACUUCCUCACCAUGAGAGAGCGGCUGUUGCAAGGAGGGUACUGCAGCUGUGAGGACUUUGCUGCAGAUGCUCAGCUUGUCUUUAAUAACUGUGAGCUCUUCAACGAGGACACGUCCGAGGUGGGAAUGGCCGGACAUUCCAUGAGGAAGUUCUUUGAAAGCCGCUGGGCGGAGUUUUACUCAAAUAAGGACAAAUAAGGACUUCCUCUUGAGGCUUGCAGACUGUUGGUGCUUUUCACUUCCCUUACACUCUGCAUUAUGAUAGACUGGAGCUGUUCAGCUGCGUGUACUCGAUGUAUAGGUCUAAGUGUAUAGAUUUUGGCUUUUGUCUGUUAUUAUUGCCUGUGAUGGCCUCACUUUAAGGCUCUAAAGAUGAACUGGACUCAUUCCCCUCCACGGCUUCUCCAUGUUAUGUUAGCAUCAUGGUGCGUUUGGUCCCACCCUUUUUCACUGACGAGGGUCAAAUGUCGUCUUUGGAGAAUCUUGUUUUAACUCUGAAAAACCUCGGCAACAGACUUGACAAACCUCACAGACACUGGGCCUUGUUUUAACCUGUUCAAUGGCAAUGUAAUGUAAUGUGGUUUUAUGCAUAGAAGUAAUUUCUUUUGCUCAAUAUAUUUUUAUUAUAUAUUCUAUAUAUAAAUCUAUAUACAAAAAAACAAUAGCUGGGAUUAUUUAAUAGCAAUAGCUUGUAGUGGACGUGUACAGACUACCUUUAUAGAAAUGUCUAGACAUCUUACAAAAUGGCCAGUUAAAGAAAACUGUUGUUGGACUGUCACGAGUAGAUGUUGUAACCUCUACUUAAGUCUUGUGCACAAAAACACAUGUACACUAUUUAACCACAUGCACAAAAUCACACUCUCCCAGCGGAAAAUGUGUGAAAAACACUGUUUUUAAGUGGAGGACGGAGAGCAGGUCUGGUCUUUAGACUGAGAAGUUGGUUUAACACUUGUUGCAUCUGUUACACUGCAAAAAAGAAGUGAGGAGUUUUUACUAGUUUAGGUUUAUUUACUUUAUGUCUAGAUUUUGUUACUUUUCUCAAAUAAAUUUAACUGAUUUUAACCAAAUGUGAAUUAAAAUUGUCUGCAAGUGUAGUAAGAUUGUUUUUAUCUUUGCUUGAUUACUGUACUUCUUAUCUUUAAAAUAACAAUAAUAAAUUGAAACCACUUAAUUGAUUUUGUUUUUAUGGAAUUCUAUCCUCAGUUAUAAAACCAAAACUAGUCAAAACUACUCCCAUGGUUAAGUCUUUUUUGCAGUGUAGUUUUAAAAAUAAGACCAACUAAACAUGAAACUUGAGCUUGUUCAAUGAAGCUAAAAAAUAUCUAACUUGACUUGUUGAAAUGCUAGGUAUACUCCUGCCUGGUUCUGUCUUACAUUCCUUUAUUGGUUCUCUCUCUCCUUACCUCUUUCCUCAUCCCUCUUUUUCUGCCAUUGAGAGCCUCUUGUACCUGUUGCAUGGUUGGUGUACUCUUCAUGACACCACCAAAAGCUUCACAAUUUUAUUUAAAACCUUUCUUUUCUUACACUGAAUGCUAUUUCACUGAUAAAAAUUGAACCUGGAUGUUCCUUGCCACAUUUAAGGGACAUAGUGAUUUUUUUUUUUUUUUUUUUUUUUUCAAAAGAGAGAAAAAAAGACAAAAACCAAAUGUGGUGUUAAGUGACUUUUUAAUAAUGUACAGUUUUGGUGACUUUAAAUUUGUUCCUUUAUAUUUUUAGGACCAAUCCAUCAUUUAUAAGAGGAGGUAUUACAAGACAAUGUUGUAUCAAGGUAAUGUAAUGUGUGCAUCUGUAGAAUGUCAUGUGAGUUGAAUAAAAACCACAACAAUAGA